AUGGAGGCCUUGGUCUGCACCUUAUCCUUCCCUUUCUACUGUGGGAUGAUUCUCCCCGACUUCAGAGGGGAGCGCUACAUCGACGGCGCUCUGAGCAACAACUUGCUUGUGGACUCCCCCUCCACCAUCACUGUGUUUCCCUUCCACGGGACAGUGGACAUCUGCCCCCAGAGCAGCUUGGCCAGCAUGCAUGAGCUGAACGCCUUCAAUGCCACCUUCCAGAUCUGCACCAAGAACUUCUUCCCGGGGGUCACCUCCAGCCCCGAGGUAGUGGCCGACAACUGCAGACAAGGCUACCUGGACGCCCUGAGGUUCCUGGAGAGAUGCAGACUCACCAGGGAGCCAGUGCUGUGGACGUUGGCAUCUAAGGAGCCCCCAGCCCCAACGGAUGGGACCCGGGAUGCUGACUGUGACAGGCCAGUGCCCAGUGUGCUGGUCAGGGAUGUGCUCGGCUUUGAGCAGCUCUCCCCGGAGCUGGAGGCAGCACUGAAGAAAGCCUGUCUGAGGGACCCCCGCACCAGGGCUUCCUUCUGCCAGGCGGGCCCUGGGUGGGCGCUAAUACCUUGCACACGGCCCUUUGAGUAUGUCUACUUCCAGAGCAGAAGGUUGGUGACGUGGCUGCCCGACAUGCGCGACCUGCGGUGGAUGCGGGGCUUGCUGAGGAACUUGGUCCUCAAAGUCUAUUCCAGGAUGAAGGACCAGCUCCUCAGGCCGGGCAGCUACUGGUCGCCAGCCCCCUCCAGCCUGAGGCUGCUCCUCCCAAGGACCUGGCCAAGGAGCCCAGACCCACCCAUCAGGCCUGAGGAGACCAAGUUGGACCAGCCCAGUGACUGA